ACUCUUAUUGUAAAUCUUUCUUUUGCCUUGAGAGAACUCAAAAUGGCUCGUGGGAUGGCUUGUGGGAUUAAAACAUGGUUGAUUAUCGCUCUUGUUGUUCUCUUGGUUGCAAUUGCCAUCAUGCAAAUUUUUGUCCAAAGGAAUACCCAAGUGCCUUGCCUCUUUGUCUUUGGGGACUCUCUGUCUGAUAGUGGUAACAACAACAAUCUUGAAACCCUUGCAAAGGUUGCUUACCCGCCGUAUGGCAUUGAUUUCCCAACUGGCCCAACCCCAACCGGAAGAUAUAGCAAUGGACGAACUGCCGUUGAUAAACUAACCGAGCUCUUGGGAUUUGAGGAUUUCAUCCCACCCUUUUCAAAUCUUAGUGGCUCAAACAUACUCAAAGGUGUCAAUUAUGCAUCGGGUUCAGCUGGAAUUCGCAGGGAGAGCGGCACCAAUUUGGGUACUAAUCUCAACAUGGGGUUACAAUUAUAUCAUCACAUGGCCAUAGUUUCACAAAUUUCCGCCAGACUUGGUUUUCACAAAGCUAAACGACACCUUAAGCAGUGCUUGUAUUACAUGAAUAUAGGCACCAACGAUUACGAACAAAAUUACUUCCUUCCUGAUUCAUUCGAUACAAGCAGCAAGUAUACCCCAGAGGAGUAUGCUAAAGAUCUUAUUAACCGGCUAUCCAACUAUUUACAAACUCUGCAUGAUCUAGGGGCAAGAAAGACCGUGAUUGUUGGGUUGGACCGUUUAGGUUGCAUUCCAAGGGAUGCAAUAUUUGGAUCUUGUGAUGAAGAGCAAAAUGUUCAGGGAUUCUAUUUUAAUGAUCAACUUAAAUCUCUAGUGGAUGAACUAAACAACAAACCCUUUACCAAUUCCAAAUAUGUAUUUAUAAAUACUACAGCCAUAAUCCAUGACAAAUCACAGGGUUUCACGGUUACUGAGAAAGUUUGCUGCCCAACAAAUAAAGAUGGAGUUUGUAAUCCUGAUCAAACUCCAUGUCAAAAUAGGAAUGAAUAUGUGUUUUGGGAUGGAAUUCACUCUACAGAAGCUGCAAACUUAGUCACUGCAACAAUUUCAUAUAGUACAUCAAACACAGCCAUCGCUCACCCAACAAAUAUCAAAAAGCUUGUUCAAAAGAAAUAAAUUGGUGAAGGGGGGUCCUUACAUAAGCUCAAGUUAGAUAUCUUGCUUGAUCAUUCAAUUCAUAUAUAUUUUAAGCACAAUAAGUUGAGUUAAAUAUGUAGCAAUAAAUAUUUUAAAGUCUUUGCCGCUCCUUUGUUUUCUUGUUCUAGUAUCAUCUUUCAAAUUAGUUCAAGUUUGAUCUUUGCCUUGAUACUUGGUAGGCUUCAUUUAGCUUUAUGCAGCUAUGUAUUAUGUAUUUGAUACCAGGCCAGGUUUGGUUGAGAUAAAAUCACGGUUAUCA